AUGCAACACGAGGUGGAGCCCCUCUUCUCCUCCACCAUGGGCAACCCCAGCAUGCACAGGGAGGCAGGAGCACUUCUUGUGGACCUAGAGACCCUAGAGGAGACGCAGGCUCGGAGCCUGGGCAGGCCUGUCAAAUCCUCGAAGCAGUAUCUGCGCCAGGUCAUUGCAGAAUACGAGGCGCUGGACCGAGAGCUCCCAUGCAUCCGCAAGUUCCCCAUGCCACCUGCCGCCCAGCCUCUCUGUCUGUGCAUGGAGACCUCACCCGAAGAGGACCUUACCCACCUGGAGGUGCUGGAGGCGCUGGAGGCCGAGUUACCCGGGGCCAUGGAGAGCGGGCGUGUGAGCAGCAUCCGCUUUGAGAACAUGAACGUCAUCUGUGGGACUGCCGGGCGCCGGGACCGGUGGCUCAUCACGGUCACGGACUUCCAGACUCGCUCGCGCCUACUGCGCUCGGGGCUCCGCCUCCGCGGGCUCCAGCACCCUCUCGUGCGCCACGACGAACUGCUGCUGGGCGAUUACCGCCUGCACCUGCGCCGCUCCCUGGUCCGACGGCGCAUGCUCGAGGCUCUGGGGGCGGAGCCGACCGAGGAAGACUGA